UCGUAGUAUCGAAAGAGGUCAGGUUGCCGUCGAAAAACUCAAAUCCGAGACUAGCAAUCGAAAUGUUGAAUUUUUGCAGUUGAAUUUAAAAGGUUUAAAAUCCGAUAAAGAAUGUGCUAAAAUUUUGGCUAGAAAUUUACCAUUGCACAUUA